AGAGCUGCGCGUGAAGUAGGUGUUCCGGAGAAACGUGCUGAUUUUAACCGCAUGGAAGUAACAAAGUCAGAGUCCAUUGAAAACACCUGCAGCCUCACCUGGUCCUUCUGCAGGUUCUGACGGCCAGAGAACAUGGAGUCCGAGGUAACUGGACCUCUGGAGUCCGAGGCAGGUGGAUCUGCAGCUUCAGGUGAGGUGGUGAACUCGAUCCGGGAGCGGACCAUCGCAGAGAACAGCAUGGUGGUCCUGCUGCAGGGUCUGCAGGGGGAGGUGACCACCGUGGACCUGAGGAACGAGUGCACGGCUCGGGGACGCGUGCUCAACGUGGACGCCUUCAUGAACGUCCGGCUGGAGGACGUCCUGUACCUGGACCGGCAGGGGCGGAGCACCCAUCUGCAGGACCUGUUCAUCACCGGCAGGAACGUGCGCUACGUGCACAUCCCAGACCAUGUGGACAUAAUGAAGACCAUCCAGAACCAGCUGGCCAAGAUCCACAGAGUCCGAAACUUCGCCAGCGAAGGAGGGGGGAGGAAAGAGUUCUGCAAGAAGACAAAAUGACUGACUGGACCUGAUCAGGUUCAGAAAGAACCUGGUUCUGAUUUCAGACUCUGAUUAACCUGAAACUUUAAAACUGUUAGAAUAGAGACUGGAUCUGAGGAGACCUGUUGGAGGUUUUGGAGGACCUGAAGGGUCCAGAUGCU